GUCCGCGAAAUCAGUUCGUUGUCGUCAGUCAGCCAGUUCAGUUCAGUUCGGUUUUCGCAGAGGACAUCAAGGCAGAGAACCAACAGCCCGAGGAAAAUCCAUCCAAGGCGAAGGCAACACCAGCAGCGAAUUGGAGCAGCAACAGCAACAACGCAGCAGCAGUAGCAGCACCAGCAGCAACGCAACAGCAAGCAGUCCAGUCCAAGCACAGUUGAUGCAAAAAGUUCUCAAACCAGCCGCCGCAAUCGAAUUAUUCAAACUCGAAUUCGAUUCCACUGUGCGUGUACCGUUGUGGGCGCGUGUGUCGGUGUGUGUGUGUGCGUGAGUGUCCUUGGUUGUGUGUGGCCAAAAUAGAAAAAAGAAUAUAAAGCCAAACUGAAGUAAAUCAACACUGAGGGCGCCACCAGGAUUCAGCCGCCCACGCAGGACUAAAAAAGGAAGCUGAAAUCAGGCCAGGCCGCAGAGGAAAAUCAAUUUUCUGUUAAAAUACAUAAACUGCAACGAUAGACGCGUCUCGAAAAGCGAAUUGCCGAGUAUUGUAGUCGGCUGCAAAACUCCAAAAACUCCUCACCCUUUUUCCCGCCGCCCCUUUCAAUCGCCAUGCACACACACUCACUCGCGUAGCACACACACACGCCACACACACACACGCACGUACAUAGCAGCAGCGCUUGGACGUUAACGGUGAAAAUAAGAAGAAGACGCCGCCUGGUUAGGCCAUCAGUGGAGGUGCAACGGGGGCUAAGGGAGGAGCAGAAAGGAGUGGAGAGCCGAGGAGGAGAAUCAAGAGAACUAACUGUAAUCUCUGGCGGAGACAGCUCACAACAGUCGCGUCCAUCGAGUUAGGCCCACUCAAUAAUCAAUCGACAGAAAAAUCAAUCACAGCCUGCCGACAUCUCCAUUCAAAAACGGCCUAACCAAGAAGCAGCAAAGCAGAACUCAGAAAAAAGAACUUCCAGAAUUUCCAAUAAUAUAAAACAAAUAAAAAAAAAAACAACUAUCAACUAAAACAGCCUAAAAUAAUAACUAAAUUUUUCUAAUAAAGACAUCUGUGAUUUGAAUAUAAAAACGGGACAUAAAUUUAAAAACAACAAUUAUUUUCAUACUGCACUUUUUCAAAACCAACAACAAAAUAACUGAAAACAAAAUCAAUUAAUUUUAUAAAUUUCCAAACAUAAGCCACAUAGAAUUCGGUGAGCGUAUAAAAUAAAUAAAAAUAUAAAUUUAAAUAUAUACCGCGCACGCAAAGCUGACACGCCUCGAGGAUAAAGUCGAAAACCGCAAAAGCAAGGAGAAAGCAAAGCAAAAGCACCACCACAACCGCCAAACAGCAGAAAAGCAGAAGCAGAAGCCGCACCACCAGCCAAGGCAGCCUCAAAUUCACACAAGGUCAACGGAAUUAAUAUUUUUUAAAUGGAAAUCAUUCCUGAAGGUAAACACUUUCGUUUGGUGCAUGAAUCAGAGCUUCCAGAAAUUUUGGUAACUUUAGAACGCUAUCUGCCGGAAUCGUUAAAGUUUCAUCAAACCAUAAAAACGUACCUGAAUGAUCGUAUUUGGGAUUUCAAAUUUUAUGUUGCUAAAGAUUGGCCCGACAAACCGAUAAUUCUCCAUUUUCCAGGAUGCACGCUUGCGCCACACAACAAUAUAUACCAAACUCUAGGCAUAUUUUGUCCAUCCGCACACAUCGAGCAUGUCGAUAUGCUGCGCACCGAAGAUGUACUUAUAGAUUGGCAGAAGCCUAUGUACCUGAACUUUACGCACAUCGCCAUUAUGAAUCGCCUGGAUGACUUCUACUCGAAGUUCGGUGUGAUGGAACGACUCAGUGGUGAUAUCUAUGUGUGCAACAAGCUGAACACCGAUCUGGAGCUGGAGCCGCUGCCGGAGGACGCGGAGAUGCGUCUGCUGAACCUGGACAACGUGCAGGGCAUACAUGAUCUAUAUCCUGCCAAUGAAAUCGAGUGCGUCCAGCUGUUUGACAUCCUCGUGCGCAAGCUACCUGGCCUGGGCAUCUUUCGCAAGGAGACCGGAGAGCUAGCCGCCUGGAUGGUCCAUUCAUACUACGGUGCCAUGUUCUCAAUGCAAACACGUCCAGACUUUAGGCGCAUGGGCUAUGGAAUCCGUCUGGCCAAGUCGCUGACCCAACUGGUGAUCGAGCGCGGCUACACGCCCUUCGUGGUGAUACGUCCUGGGAACGAUGCGUCCCGCAGUUUGUAUACGAAGCUGGGCUACGAGAAGGCUUUCGAGACGUGCCGCGUGCGGAUGACACCGGAUUGCUACGAGGACAGCACCGUGGGAACCAUUGACAACACGUCCUAUGGAAAGUUUCCGCCGUUGCCGCAGGGCGACUGCGUGGUGGUGACCAAGCUGCGGCGCAAGCAUGUGCCCGGCGAGAGCCAGACGGUGGACGAGGGCAUCGAGGAUAUGUUGGCUGAAAAAUGUGAUAUCAGCGGCGACGAGGCGAGGGAGCGCAAGACCACGACCGACGAGGGCAUCGGGGAGGACAAGUAGGCCAGGUUGGGUUAGGGAAACGAGAUAUGAGAUCGAUCGGAGCGCUACGCCCACGCAGAACUUAUGCUUAAAGCUGUAAGCACCCAUUAGGACUCUUUAGGACAGACAGGACAUGGCACACAUCAAGUGGCGUUGAUUUUUUAAACAAUUAUAUUAACGAGAAAACCAAGAAACUGUACGAGUAUAUUUAUAGAUGGUAUAUGAAGCUUCCUCACACAGAAACGCGGCGGCGUCAAUCGGCGAAUGCGGUUUUUUCGCCCAGAAUCAAGGGAUUUAUUUUAUAUGGGUAUUGAUUAGGAUUCGAUGACAAGAACUAAACAUUAACCGGGGGAUUUAAACGAUCAAGAGUUGCGCUGAAGUCAGACAUUUUAAACGACAACCGAAGACAGAGAGAGAGAAAAUUUUUAAUUUUUUGCUAAAAAUGCUUUUACAAAAGUGAACUCCGAGAACGAACAGAGAACACAAACAGAGUGGCUCAAUGCAAAUCAAGGAGCGCAUCAAUUUAUUAAAACUAUUAUAUAUAUUAACUCUAUAUAUCAAAUUGUUAAACGAACUAAACAAGCAACACACACCAACUACUUCUCUCUUCUGGCUCGCCACGCAAAAUCUCUGAACAGGAUAAUCUUGAUAAUCUCGAAUCAACUGAAAAACACAAAAAUCUCUCGCUUGGGCCAUGGAACAGAGCUAUGCACAAUUUCCUCUAUUUAAAGAAAACGUUUCAGAAUACUACAUAUAUAUUUUUCAAACUAUAUUGAAUACUUUCGAUGACCCAAACGAAGUGCUUUGAUUUUAAAUGGUCUUGUACCAACCAAACAUAUUUGGAUUUAUAGGCUUUUUUCAAAUUUAUAUAUAUACCCAAAUCCAAGAAAGGAAUACGAAGCGAAGCAAAAACCAAACAAAAAUACAAAAUAAAUAUAUAUUUUAUUAUUACGAAAUUUUAUUAAACUACGCAAACGAGUACUCAAUGAUUUUGCUCCUAUUUAGCUGAACUAAAACGAAACAAACAAAAUAAAAAAACACGCCAAAGAUGUCUUCUGCUUCAUUUUAAGUACAUACUACCCGACCCGAUUCCCAAUUUCCAAUUCCCACUACCCCUUAGAUGAUUUUGGACUAGUCGAGUGCGGCGAAGAUCUGGGUCAUCUUUGGAGGUUUUCUAUUAUGAAAAUGCAAAAACCGAAUCUCAAUAUAUAUGCAAGAAAAUCAAAUUAAAUGAAAAAGUUAUAUAUUACAACUGCUAUAUUGUAUGUACUCGAACUAAAAAACGAAUGAGAAAAAAAACAAAACAAACACAAAAACCUAAAAGAAGCAAAUUUAAAUAAAUAACAAUAUUGAGACAGCACACUGUAGGUUCUUCCUAUCUCUGACGAAAAAGAUAACAAUUGCAGUGGCAACGGAACGAAGAUAGCUGGAGGUAAAGAUAAUUUCUGCUCUAGAAAUAUUUUCUAAAAUAUUUACGAUGCUUUCCACUUCGUAGCUCGAAACUCCCACAUUCAUUUGCAUACAAAACAGCAGCUCUUCCUAAAGCCUAGCAUUAAAAGUAUUAAUUGUUUCCAUAAUUUACGAGCUCACUUUAACCGCUGAAUGGCCUCAGCUAGCGCACACACUGCGCUAAAAUUAUCUGUUCAUUGUU